UUGUCUUCUUCUAUACUGUCUCGGUCAGUAUCUGGAUUAAGCAAGCCAAAAGGAUGUGCAAAAAUUGAAAAACAUCUUCAAAAAAUUACACAUUUGUAUUUAAAUGACAAAAGCCUUGAUGAAAUGGAAAUACCACUACUAGCCUCUAAUAUUCCCCUAACCCAUUUAUAUUUACAAAAUAAUUCUAUCAGACGCAUAUCGAACCUACAUUGCUUAAAAAAACUCAAAAAAUUAUACUUAAGUGGAAAUGAAAUAAAUCGGAUUGAAGAAUUGGAAGGGCUAUCAUGUUUGGAAGAACUAUAU